UGAAGUCUGCUUACACACGAACGGCCUGUGUGUGUAGUGUGUACUACACUCAAUGCAUGCUAGCUGUGUGUGUGUGAAGAGCAAUGUAAUUAUUACAAUCAUGGCGGUUUUCGGGAGGAAUGAGUUACACACGAACGGGAUGGCACAUAUGUGGCUUACCCUCGCCCUGAGCAUCCUACAACUUCUGCCCGCACAUUUUGACACAGCGAAAGCACAGGGACAAGCAUUUGUUCAGUCAGACUUCAAUGAACUGCGUCAUCUUGUGGAAGAAGUUACACUAAACAAGGGCGAUCUUACAAACCAGGGUCUUAACAUUCAUGAUAAAAAUUCCGUUAAAACAUUGGGUCUAGGCCUUUACAAGCAAUGGAGCCUGGACUUAAGUUUACAACCUCCAAUGUUAGAUUUUGGGGAACAUGCUAUUGGUAUGCCUGAAAUAGCAACGGUGAGAGUUUUCAAUCCACAUCCAGAAAACACAUUGCGAAUGCUCUCUAUAUCGGGGAGUACGCCGCAUUUUCAUUGUUCGUUCUUUCAGGAGAAGGUAGUUUCACCAGGGAGCAAUACAACAUUUGAAAUUGUUUUCCUGCCAAGGGUACCAGGCAAUGCAGAAAAUACUAUAUUUAUUCACACCAGUGCAGGAACCUGUCCAUAUCAGAUUUUUGGUGUUGGUGUCCCCAAUCCAUACAGAUUAAGACCCUUCUUGGGGGCCAGGGUCCCCAUCAACACAAGCUACUCACCUCUCAUCACAAUGCACAACCCAUAUAGUUCGGGACUCAUGGUAACAGAGAUGUACUCCAGUGGUGGUGAAUUACAUCUGGAGUUACCUACAGGGUCACCAGAGGCUCCACAGAACCUAUGGGAGAUACCACCUUAUACAACAAGAUCUGUAAUGAGGGCAAGUUUCACAGGGCGAGUAGAGAGCAAUCACACAGCAUUCAUUCGCAUCAAGACCAAUCACACAAGGAAUAGACGAGUGGAUCAAGAAGAAAAUGAAUUGCUCAUGUUACCAGUAGAGGUAGAAGUCUCAUCAGCUCCAGGGAUUUAUUCGUCAUUAGAGAUGUUAGAUUUUGGUACACUGAGGUCACUAGAUGCACCCAAGGUUCUCCCUUUGCACCUCCUCAAUACGAGUCCUAAAAGUGUUCAAAUAGUGAGCAUAUCGUCAAUGAGAGCCAACAAUGCAAUAACGAUAGAUUUUAAGCCGCAGGUUCUCAAGUCGUCAGACACCCACACAAAAGUAGCCGAAGUCACCUUUCACCCCCUCAAGGCAAAUACAUCGCGUCUGUGGUCGGGCAAAAUCAUUGUUAAAACCAAAGAUAAAAAUCUCAAACUGCAGAUCCCCUACCAGUCACAUGUGUUACAAGGCACGUUGAGCUGUGACCAACAGAGUAAGCUGUUCCAGCUAUCAUCUCAACUAGUAGACUCUGGAGAAACAGUCAUCAAACCCUUAGUGCUAACAAACUAUUUUAACUUCACACUGGUCAUACAUCAAAUCAGCUUUCCAGAAGAGGUCCAUAGUAUUUUAAAGGUGUCUGGCUUUGAAGAAGUCUUAACCAUAAAGCCUCAAGAGACGGAUUCUUCACUUUCCAUUAUCUUUUCGCCCAACGCAUCCACAAAACCCAUUGAGACAAUACUUAGGCUUGGUACCAACGCAUCUAUGUUCUCUAUGGGAAUACAUGUAUACACAGGCAACUUACAGUACUCUAUUCAUAGUGAGGAUGAGAUAAGCUUUGACUUUGGAGUCAUGAGUAUAGGAAAUCAAAACAGUAUGCUCUUCACAUUAAUAAACAACAACCCCAUAGAUAUACCCAUACAAUCUUUCAGCUGUGAUCUAGAUGACUGCGAAGCAAUGGUACUUGGUGUGGGAGUGGUGGAAUCUGAACAUCAUACAAACAAGGAAGAUAUCUUCAGUAUAAAGAGGAGAUCGUUGGUGAUUCAGAAAAACCACUUUGCUGUCUUACGUCUUGACGUGAAGGCUCCACUCACCGAGGGUCAAUACUUUGGAGGAGUGGUAGUAGAAACGCCUCAUAAUCGUAUGUCAAUAGAAGUCAAACUACGUACGGUGGAAGGAUGUCUCGCUGUCAAACCAGAACACAUCAUUCUAAGGCCUGCAUUUCCAGGUUCUCCACAGUCUGUGAGCAUCACUCUGAUAAAUAAUUUUAGUCACCGCAUGAAAUUAGAAAGCAUUGUGCCAGAUCCACCAGAUAAAAGAUUUCACCACAGACCGCCUAAGAAGACACCUGUUGUCGAAAUAGAGCCACACAAAAAACAGAAAGUUGGAAGGAUUGUUUUUGAUCCAAGGUUAGCCUGUGACAUUGAAGAGAUGUGUUACGUAGGUCUUUCAACGCAAUCACUAAAUGGUGAAGUGUGGCUGUCAUCUUUAGCAUUGCCAGACGAGACACAGGAUGUUGAUAGGCUGUUCUACAGCCAUCUACACAACAGGUGGCUUGGUCUGGAGCAGAUGGGAAAAACCAUAUUUAAUACAACGCUGAAGAUAAAUAGCAACUUGGUGAAAGAUAUGGAGAUACCAGUUACAGCGGUUUUAGAAUGGCCAAGACUCAUACGAAAGGACAAGAUAGAGUUUCCCCUCACCUACAUAGAAAAUGCUAGUAUAUCUGAGGUGCAGAUUCUAAACCCAUCAGAUACACUCAUUAUAGUUCAACUUCUGCCCAUAGCACUAUAUCAGGAACCAACAUCAGUACUAGAUUUUUUGUCAGACAGGUUUGAUCCUGAGUUGAUAGAAACAGAUGAUCCUGGUGUUUUCUACUUGGCUAACAAAACAGACAAGGAUUCACCGGGAAAGUGCCUUAAAAAUACUUCAUGUGGUGCGAUAGAAGAAACGUUUGGUGUGAAACCCAAUAGGACAGCGCUGACUUUUGCUAUCAAACCACGUCAGAAUGUUACAGUGUCCAUUGGCUUUAAACCCAGCGAUGGCCGGGAGCGCAUCUCAUUAGUUCUCAUCAGGAAUAACCUGACCAUUCUGGAUGCGUUUAUGGUCAGAGGACAAGGGGCACGUGGGGAGCUGAGGUUUAACAGUAAGAUCCCCAGCGCUAGCAGCAAUCUACUCUUUGAGUUGAAACCUACGCAUUUAGUAGACUGUGAUAGAUCAUCUCCAAAAGCCAGGGUUCCCCCAAACUUUACGGUGAAGCGAUCCUUCACACUGAAAAACACAGGGCAGUUGCCUAUUCACAUUAAAACUUUUAAAAUCAACGGGUAUGACUGCGAUGGCUACGGGUUCAGAGUGUUGCAAUGUAGGCCCAUGGAGCUGGAGCCAAAUGAAACCAAGAGAUUAGAUAUAGCGUUUACUCCGGACUUCACCAUGUCUCGCAUUACUCGUCAGUUGAAGGUGUUAACCUACAGCCAGGAGGAACUAGAGUACACUCUAAUCGCUACUUUGCCUCUGCACAUGUUAUCCAUCUGCUCCUCAGCAUUGCCCCGCCCACAGUGGGAACACCUCCUCUAUAUCAUCUCCGUCAUCCUCAUGGGGAUUCUUUUCCUGGGGAUCUUGACGGCGUCUUACCUAGAGGCACUACGGCUCACUGAACCCAUGGCUGUUCGGGUCAGUGCUGAGGAGAACGGUGAGGUCAGCAAGCUGAAACGGUUUGAUCUGAGAAACAUUGCAUCUGGUAUUAAGAUUGGAGGAGGUGGAGGCGGGGCAAGUGGGGGAGGAGGGGCAAAGACAGGUUCAUCUGGCGGUGUACUUUCAAGUCUUGGUGAGAAGUUCUCCUUCCGGCAAAGACGCUCCUCCUCCCCAUCAUCAAACGCCAGCUCUGUUGCAAACAACACACGCCACUCUGAACCCAAAAGUCAGUCAGAAAGGCGACUGUCCCCUGACAAGGACCGCGUUAAAGUCAACAGUUGGGUCAACGGCAACGCAUACAACUCCUCUAAACAAAGCAACAGUUUUAACACACCAAACAGCAGCACUACGCCAUCACCGAGUGACGUUCCAAGCCGCAAGUCCAGCAAGUCGCGUCGCCGACCUGCGGAAGCAGAUUGGAGUGACUACCCGAAUAGUCGAGAGAACAAUAACAGACACCCAGAGUACCAUUCCUCAACCUUCGUGGAGGAACUCUCGUCGGCAACCGUCGAGGACCCUCAUGGACACGAGCCAGAAAACUUAGACCUAGACACCAGCGUGCACAAAUUAGCUAAAAAUAGCAAGCGUAAAUCAAAACCAACGACUAACAAAAGAGACGAGCAAGAGAAGAAGAUGACAGGGAGCAAACGUAAAGAGGAGAUGAUGCGGGAAGGUGUCGAUAGAGACGACUCUUCCUCCAUCUCCACUGAGAGCUCCAACACGGAAUCAGAUCCAUCUGACAAAAGUGGAAAACAGCAUUUCCACCAAGCUGAUGGUGAGCCAGCCUGGGCUUCAUCAAAACCGAAACACAAGACACACUCAGCGGGAGGUAUGGGCUUAGACGACUUCAAGUUUGAAGAUGUCAAGAGCCGUACCAAGCCACGCAAAAAUACCAAAGAUGACCCAGCAUUCUAUGGAGAUGUCUGUAGGCCAAGUACUUUGGAGUUGCCAUAUGUGCCCCACAGUGAAGCCGGGCGUCGUGUCAAGCAGAACUCAAAGGAACCGACCUCACCUCAUUCAAUCGCGGCUAAGGUCGCUGCUAAAGCAACCAAGAAGGCUCUCAAGACCGCCAAACUAGAACAUGUUGUUACGAAACCUACUGAUGGUGCAAGUGAGACUGCCAGCACCCCAAGCAGUGACGUCGACAAGGAUUCUCCUCCUCCCCUGUGGGAGCAGGCCAAACCCAUGCCCAGUAGCCAGGGACGUCAGCUCCCAGUACAGGCCAAACACCCAGACCAACCUUCAGGUAGCCGUAGAGGAUCUAAGAGCUCCAGCAAGUCCAGUCAGUUCCCAGAGUCUGCUGCAGCUGGUGGUGCUGGCAGCAGGCCAAGCAGCUACAGCAAGGCUGUGGCCGGAGCAGCUAACAACAACAGCUUGGACGUUACUCCUCCACAGGAAGGAAAGAAGAAAGCCAAACUGGUCAAGACUAAGUCCAUGCCGGAGAAGACGUCUGCUUUUACCGCUGUUGGUGAUAGCACUGGUCAUCCAGGAACUAUCGGCAGUAAGGGUAUGUCCCAGAAGAGCAAGACUUGGCCUUGGCCAGGCCAGACCAACCAGCCAGAGACUCUGGACAGUACAUCUGAUACUAGCAGCACUACAUCUACUGGACCUAGCAGUCCUGGUGUGUUUGUCCUGCCACAAUCUCAACCCAAGAUGAGGAAACCAAUGUCAGCUGACGGCUUCAAUGGAGGAUCUUCUAAGUUUCCGUUUGCCAAUCAAGGGAAUACUUAUCCUCCCAACAUGUGGGAGAACACCAGGGAGCAACGUUAUGACAUACCACCUACUCCAAUGACAGGAUUUACCCCUAGGGAGGUGCAACCACCUAGGACCCAGCCGCUCAAAGGUACGAUUGGUGACUGGCAUGGUCUAGGGGUUAGCAUGCCUAGCAGUUCAACCAAUAGUCUGUGGCAACCAGGACCUAGCUACACUGAUGCUAGCUGGUCAACUGAGACUGGGUCUCCACGAGCACCCUCUCAAGCGACCAACUUCUAUUCAGCAAGCAGCAAUCCAUGGAGCUUUGAUGAUGUGCCGACUACACCACCAAGCAACACCAGCUGGAACAGCAGCAGUGAGCUGUUUCCAUCAUCGAUCUGGAGCAAUCCAAGUAGCUCUAACAACAGCUCCCUGCUGGAUGGAACACCCAACAUAAGCACACAGGAGUCACAGUAUUCGCCGUUCAACAGCUUCCGAAGCCUGUGGAGCAAUACUUUCUCGGGGCUCGGUAAUGCUGGGUCGUCAUGGAGUUCAGGUAACAAUGAUCCAAAACAUUAGACUUCUGUUAGCCAUCACCAUAGAAAAUGUACUAUGUAAGAACUAGACUAUUCAGGUUGUCACUGUCAACCAAACAUAAGCUCAAGGGUAAUGGUUUUUGAAAAAAUAUACCAACCAAAUGGUUCCAUCCAAAAGCCUUUUGUUGGGAAUGUACUAUUUACCAAACAAUUUAUGUAAUCUUACCUUUUCUGAACAGGUAAUUUUGCGGCAUGAAAUUGCGUUCCUUUCUUUGUUUUAUUGUGUUCCUGUUAUUGGCAGGUAGGGCUAUGAACAGGAAAAGCAAAUGUUUGUUGACAGGGAAAACAGAAUGCCAUAGCGUGAUAAACAAGUGUAGGCAAACGUACACUGUAAAUAAAGUUGUGAAAGUGUGUAAAUUCUUGAUGAUAAAUGUUUUAUUUGUUUAUUUUUAUUUAUUUCUGGUUUUUUUUGGGAGGGGGGGGGGGGCUGUUAUAGAAAACAUGAUGUACAACCUUCUUAAGGUCAUCCACAAGAAAUACUACCAUUUUCAAACAAUGAGUUAUUGGCUGUAAAAUUGUACAAUUUUGCUAUUUCGGCAUUUAAAACAAGUAUCAAACAAAUUCAAUAGCAUUGUCUUGGGAUGGAAAAACACACACUGCCACAUACACUUAAAAGUUCGCCAUCAUGUCAAUCAAAAGUAACAGGAACCUGAUUCCAGCUGAACUCCUUUGGGAACUAUUUUUGAUUGUUUUUUUAAAACAAUUUUUAAUACUUUUUUUUCUGGAAGACUUUCCACAAUACCAACUUCACAUAAAUCUGUCAGAUAAUUUCUGAAUAAAAUAGUUAUUUAUUUUUUAAAUAUGAUUUACCUUGUUGUAUCAGUCCAGUUUGUUGACAUAAACAUCUGUGAUUGGUUGAACCCAAAGGAUUUGGUAGCAUUGUUUUCAGCUGCCAUCAAAGGUGGACUAGAAAGAUAUGAAUUUGAAGUAUCAAGCCGGGGUGUACAUUUUUUCCUGUAUUCAUGAAACCAGAUGAUAGGAUAUUUUUUCCAAAGGGAGCGAUAACCUACAUACCAAAAAAUACUAUCCCUGUUCUGCAUAUUUU